GUCAUUUUUGCAGGUUGUAAAAAGAGUGUCCAUAGCUGCAUGAUGAUUUUCUUUGUGCUCUAUAAAACACCUCGUGUUGUGUCGAGCGGGCGGUGAGCGUCCACCCACAAACCCCGCUCCGCUCACCCUCCCGGUGCGGAUGUUGACAAAGAGCCGGAGUAGGAGGAUGGUUGCUCAAGCUACAGCGCCAGUCUGAGACCCCUGACGGCACAUCAGCUCGGAAAAACGAAUACCGGACCUCACUGUGUGGAUUCGGAACCGCAACGGGGCUGUAGGACGCUUCGGUUAGGACAGUUCAGCGGAGGAGAUCCGGAAUGACCAGCAGCCAUCCGAAAGCAUCGACGCACCGAAGCAUGCACGCGGCCCGGUGGGCUUCUUGAUGCUUUGAACAGUAACCGUGAAGCAAAACGCUGGACCUCACCGGGGACUCCGCUUUCUCCCGACGCCUCGCGGGGCCCAAGCCGUGCCUCAAGCGCGAGAGCAUGGGUCGGUGCGACGGGAGGUGCACGCUGGUGGUCAUCUGCUGCCUGCAGCUGGUCGCUGCAUUACAGAGGCAGGUGUUUGACUUUUUGGGAUUUCAGUGGGCUCCCAUCCUUGCCAAUUUCCUCCAUAUCAUGGCCGUCAUUUUGGGAGUGUUUGGAACUGUGCAAAUCCGCUCCAGAUAUCUUAUACUGUAUGCUGUGUGGCUUGUGGUCUGGGUUGGCUGGAACGCUUUUAUCAUCUGCUUUUACCUGGAAGUUGGUCACCUGUCACAGGACAGGGAUUUCCUAAUGACAUUUAACACAUCGCUUCAUCGUUCCUGGUGGAUGGAGAAUGGGCCUGGUUGCUUAGUUACUCCAGUGCCUGACUCACCAUUGGCUCCUCAGGAUCAUCAUGUGAUCACUGUCAGUGGCUGCCUACUGGACUACCAAUACAUAGAGGUGGUCAGCUCAGCCUUGCAAGUGUUUCUUGCACUCUUUGGAUUUGUUUAUGCCUGCUAUGUUAGUAAAGUCUUCCUGGAUGAUGAGGACAGCUUUGAUUUCAUUGGUGGAUUGGACUCGUAUAGUUACCAGCCUCCACAAAAGAGUUCUCACUUACAGCUGCAGCCUCUCUAUACGGCUGGAUAGAAACCAGAGGAAAAACCCACCCUCAGAGGAAAACAGCUGCUUAUCUCUGAGAGAUGAAGUCCUCUGCAUUGUGGGAAAUGUUCUACCAGCUUCAACGUCUGUGUCUCUUGAACUCUGUCUCCCUCUAUUGGAGAAACUCUAUAGUGCAGCACCAGCCAGAGUUCUGGAGAGAGAGCAAGCAUAUGGACAGGACCACAACAAGAUGCUUAAAGCCUCAUUGAGACAAGCAUUAUUAAAUAAGACUUGAAGACAGUAUCAGAUCUUCUGUGUGUGUGUGUUUGAGCACAUAGGCCUUUGUAUAUGUUUGUGUAUUCACAAGGUGGCCAACCUUUGACCCAGGUAAUCUUUGAACACAUCCCGGAGCUACCCGUUCAGCUCUUUCUGGUGUGUGUGUGUGUGUAAGAGAAAGAUUGUUUAUACUCUGAUAUAAGACAAUAUAAUGUAAUGUGUUAGAUGAAUGUUGUAGGUUGGGUAGAUGUGUAUUUGGGGAAUGCUGUAGGACUUUGUGCAUGUAAAAAUUCACGAUAGAGGAGUUGUGCUUCUGGGUGGCCCUCAUGUGUCUGCGUACAUGAAUGUGUGUUUCUGAUUGUGUCGAUGUACACGGACAACAAGUUUUGAUAUGUACUUAUGCACCUAACGCAUAAUGUGACUAGCCAUAAAUGUUUAUUUGAACACAAACUUAGAAUGAAUGUAUGUUAAUGUACAAUACUUGUUCCAGGAAGGCUGUUUGUGUGAGUGAGAGAGAGAGAGAGAGAGAGAGAGAGUGUGUGGGUGCGAGAGGGACACACCUGAAGGGUGGGACAGUUGUUCAGCAUAAUAAACUCUUUCUAGAUUAUGCUUUGUCUUGGUCACUUAUAAGUGCACCACAGAGGACUUGUGUGAAAUAAAACACCAUUUUUAUUCUCUCAAAUACAUAUGGAUGAGGAUAAAAAGCCUUGUUUUCACAGGGUUGUGUAUAAAACUGGUGCUCCUUAGGGAGAGCUGUGAAUCAGAUAGGAAGACAAUGGACAGACCAGUUUUAUCUCAUUGAAUGUCAUUUGCAAUAGUUCGCUUGCAGCCAAUGUCCUCCUGCUCUUUACACAAAGGCAGUUAAGUUGCUGCUCACAUUUCAAACAGCCUGUUAUUUUAGAAUGAGUGCAGUUUAUAAUGAACUACAUGUAUCUUUUGUACUACCUCAUGGUUUUUGCAGCUGUUAUAGAGAGAAAAGAAACAUUCAUUAAUCCCACUGGUAAAAUGUGUGACCAAAUUGACUUUUAA